UCAGGCCCGAACCGGCUGCUGGACUCGCUGCUGCCGGGACUGAAGAGGGCGCGGGCCAAGAAGGUCCGGGAGCGAGGGAACGGGAGGGAGGAGGUCUCCGUCGACCUUGAGUCCAGCCCUCCGGCCGCGCACUGUGCUUCCGCCGGGUCUCGGACCGAAGGAGCUGCGGGAGGAAUCCCCGGGGGUUCGCCCCCCACCCGUGAGAGAUGCCCGGCUGGUGGCCCCCAAACUGCUAGAUGCUUCAAAGCCUCAUUAAAAAUGUCUGGGUCCCCUUGAAGCCAUACUAUACCCAAGUUUACCAGGAGAUUUGGGUAGGAAUGGGGUUGAUGACCUUCAUUGUUUAUAAAAUCAGAAGCGCUGAUAAAAGAAGUAAAGCUUUAAAAGGUUCAAGUCCUGCACCUUCUCAGAGUCACCAUUAACCAGCUCUUGAGUACAUAUGAGAUGAAACAUCAGUCUGCCUGUAAAUUUAAGCAAGCUAUGUCAGAUGGGAGCACAGAACAUCAGUGUACACCUGCAUAAGUAGUGUCUACUCUGUGGCGUGAAUAAAUGUACCUGUGAGAUGCACC